AGCAUGUCCAACAAGAAAUGAAUUGUGACCCCAAAAAUCAUAGCAUUAGAAGAACAAACCUUCCACUGAAUCACAGCCCUUGCAAGUCAUGUCACACUAGAAAUUCCCAUUUCAUUUCUAGCAGUCUCCUCCACUUAUAAAUACUACACACAAGUUUCUUGACGAUAUAUAUUUGUAUACCUUCAUAAUAUAUACAAAGAUUUGAAGAGGUUUUUUUUUUUAAAUUUGUUGAAAAUAUUAUUUCAUAUUUGAUUUUAUGAUGAUAAUGAUGAUAUGUAAGUUGAUGGAUGGAGUGAAGCCAGUUUUGGUAAUGGUGGUGGUUCAGGUGGCAUAUGCUGGUGUUAAUGUUUUAUACAAACUUGCAGCAAGUGAUGGAAUGAGCUUGAGGAUCAUUAUCGCCUAUAGAUUCAUUUUUGCUACUGCUUUAAUGGUUCCUCUUGCUCUUUUCUUUGAGAGGAAGAACAGGCCUAAACUUACAUGGACAGUGCUCUUUCAAGCAUUUCUUUGUGGAUUAUUCGGGUACACCACUAGUUUCAUUUUACUGUUGAAAAAGGGAUCAUUGUCUCAAAAUAUGUACUUGAAGAGUUUGGUCUUAACAUCUGCAACCUUUGCUUCUGCCAUGUUUAAUCUCGUACCUGCAGUUACUUUCAUCUUAGCCAUCUCAUUUGGGUUGGAGAAGAUGGGAAUAAGAAGUGUAGGAGGGAAAGCAAAAGUUGUAGGAACAGUAAUGGGUAUUAGUGGGGCAAUGUUGCUUACCUUUUAUAAGGGAGCAGAAAUAAAAAUAUGGAAAACACGUAUUGAUCUUUUAAAGCAUUAUCAAUCUAACGGUCAUGGAGUAUUCCACUUGACUUCCUCUCAUUCUAAUCAUGCAUUGGGCUGUUUGUUGGCUGUGGGAAAUUGCUUCCUUUAUGCGCUGUGGUUAAUUAUUCAGGCUAAAAUGAGCACGACAUAUCCAUGUCCAUACUCAAGCACAGCAUUGAUGUGUUUGAUGGCAUCAAUCCAAGCAUCUGUUUAUGCUCUUUGCAUGGAGAAAGAUUGGAGUCAAUGGAAAUUAGGUUGGAAUAUAAGGUUGCUCACAGCUGCUUACGCGGGAAUAGUAGUGGCUGGAAUUAUGAUAACUCUGGUGAUAUGGUGUGUGCGCUUGAAGGGUCCUCUAUUUGUCUCCAUUUUUAGUCCUCUAACGCUUGUGGGCGUUGCUGUUGCGGGAUCCAUAUGCCUUAACGAGAAUCUACACCUUGGAAGCAUAUUAGGGGCAUCAUUGAUAGUGUGUGGAUUAUAUGUGGUGUUGUGGGGUAAAAAUGCAGAGAUAAAGAAAAUGUCUCAACUUAUUCCAUUAAAAUCAACCUCUACAGAAGCGAAAACAACAGAGUUGGUUAUUUCUUCUCCCACAAAUGACAAUUGCAAGAAUGGUUCCAAUGUUCAAAAUUGCAAUUGUAAUGAUUUGUUAGAAAAAGAAGAAAAAUAAUUAUCUUCUACGCAUGGGCUUAUAUGAAGCUUUGGAUCUUUAUAUAUACUGUUUCUUUUCUUUAUUUUGUGAUUUGUAUAUAUUAAAUUAUUAGCAAAUUUUUCA